AGUUAUCACUGGCUCAAAAAUAUUCGAACAAUUGAACAGAUGGAGCCACGGAUCUAGAAAGAAAAUAUUGUAAAUAUAUCAAAUCAUGGAUAAAACCGGCAAUAAUGGGACGGCGGAAGAGUUGCUACCUAUAGACAUUUAUUAUAACAAAUUGCUUGAUUGGCUGUUGGACCGGAGGCACUGUGAUAUCAAGUGGCAGGCAGCCGCUCUAGAGAUCAGAGAGAAAAUCAAUGCCGCCAUACAAGACAUGCCCCCUGUGGAAGAAAUCACCACACUGCUAUCAGGAACAUUUAUCAACUAUUUUCAUUGCCUUAGAAUUGUUGAGCUCCUUAAGGUCUCUGAAUCUGGAACAAAGAAUAUAUUUGGAGGAUAUUCUUCCAAACGGAUGAAGGACUGGCAAGAAAUCAUCCGACUUUAUGAGAAGGACAAUGUGUAUCUUGCUGAAGCUGCAAGUCUUCUGAUCAGAAACGUCAAUUAUGAAAUCCCAUCUCUGAAGAGACAAAUAGGAAAAUGUCAGCAAACACAAAGGGAGUGUACAAGAAAGGAGAAUGAAUAUACCACAAAUGCAGCAGAAUACAAAGAACAGUACAGAAAAGUUUGUAAAAAAAUGGGAAUAAAGGGUGAAAGCAUAAAAACAGAGCUUCUUCAUCUACUGAAAGAAUUGCCAGACGUUUACCAGACAGUCAGUGAAUCUACAAAGGAUCUACAAGACACAAUUCAGUACUACAAGGUGUUCAUUGGAUUUGUGGCUCCCAGUUUUAUUCCAAAUGUUGAGGAGAGUAGCCCAGAGAUCUCACCCCUUCUAAGCUACAUACUUGAACAUGGUAAUACCACAGUAUACCAAUGGAGGACUGGAAAGGUUCCUACGACAAUUAAAUCUCCUGAACUCCAAAAUCUUGGUAGUGAAAAAGAAGACCUCCAAGCACCAGCCGAGAUUGACUGGGGGGAAAGUGCAGCCACCUCAGAGGAGAUAGACUGGGGAGAUGGGGGUGGUGAGAUUGACUUUGGAGAUGGUGGUGUUACAUCAAAUGAGAUAGACUGGGGACAUGGUUCUGCUGCAGAGAUUGACUUUGGAGAUAACAUUGGUGGCGAUGGAAUAGACUGGGGGGACAGUGCUGCAGCUAUUGACAUUACACUUGAUAAAAGUGGCACCAAUGGGAUUAUGGUUGAGAGUCCAGACGAUGGUGCUGACGUCGCCCAAGGCUCAGAUGCACACACUCUCUUGGAGGACACCCAAACAAGAAAUAUGUUCAUUGAUGAAUUAAUGGAGCUCCAGGGAUUCCUCAGUCAAAGACUUUCAGAGCUUAGAAAAGACUCAGAUGUGGUUUCCGAUACACAGUUGCAGUCCGCGCCACGACUGAUUCAGAUGCAGACGAAGAAAACUGUAGAGAAGAUGUUAUGUCGUGUUGAAGACGUCCUGGAACAGUUAACGAACAUGAGAGUACAGAACCUUUGCCUUCUCAAGAGCUCGCCGAGGUAUGUGGGCAGACUGGCCGACUCUCUACAGCAGAAGUUACGCCUUUCAGAGAAACUCCUCAGCUCGGCCCAGACCAUGUGCGAGAAGCGGAAAGAAGCGGCCGAGCAGCAACGGGAACUAGAGCCAAAACUUGACGUCAUCCGACAAAAAACAAAGGACAUGCAGUCACAGAUUGCUGGUGAAAUAUCUAAAAAGUACAAGGACCGCCCUGUUAAUAUCAUGGGUGAAAUAAAUUCAAUAUGAAUAAAAGUUUUAAUUGGGUGACAAAAUAAAAUAAAAGAUAGACACUUA